AUGGUUAUUGCCGACGGUGUCCUUACGCCUACCCAAUCAGUUUUAGGAACGGUUCAAGGAGCCCAAGUGAUGAAUCCAAGUCUUUCGAAAGGUGCUAUAGUUGGCAUUGCCGACGCCAUUCUGGUGCUACUAUUUCUAGGUUGGCCUUUUGGUAUCAGCAAGAUCAUCGUUUUGUUUGCUCCGAUAGUUAUUGUUUGGCUUGGAUUCAAUGCGGUGUUUGACAUAGAUAAUCUUGUCAAAUAUGGUGCGACAACCUUUAAGGCGUUCAAUCCCGGGUACGCUUUCGAGUUCUUGAUCCACUACGGAGAACAUGGAUAG